AUGUCUGAGGUGAAUACUAAGAACUUGUAUGCAUUAGCAAUGAUAGCAUUAAUUGCCAUAAAAAUGCAUUCAAAAUAUUGCAUAACAAAGUAUGAACUUGAUCACGUGAGAAAAAGAAAAGCCUUCAUGAAGUUCGUGGGAAUUUUCUGUGAAAAUGUUAAGGAUUUUGAAAAGAUUUAA